GUUCGGGCCACCGGUUCAACCACUCCUGGUUCUGUUCUCGACUACUUUACCUACUCUCUCUGGCCCAGCGCAUACACAAGUGGAAGAACAAGGAUAUGUCUCACUCUCCAGCCCCUGAGAACUGGAAACCGAAAGCGGGUAGACACGGCGUCCAACCUGGGCCAUCAUUGCUACGGGCGCUCGGAGUUGAAGGGGCGCCAGAUCCAUUGGAGGAUUUCUACUCGUUUAAAUAUCAGUUCAAGCCUGGUUCAGACGACUCGACUCGGCCUGGGAAGAUUGGGUUUAUGCAACAUAAACCGGAUGGGAAGACUGCGUUUAAGAUGGAGCGUACGAAUGCUCAGAACGAACGACACUUGUUCAACGUGCAACAGCAAGUGAAGGAAUGGGAAUGUGUGCUCAUAUAUGACGAGGAGACCGGGACAUUCACGCUAGAACGCCUUGAGAGUCAUAUGCAUAUAACGUACGAUAGGUCUGGAACGCGCGCCGCACGGGAGGCUGGGGCCGCCGCCACCUCGGCGCCUAGUCCUCCCGUUGCGGCUUCUGGUGUCCCCAAUGGCCGACAAAAUGCCCCUAGUACGAAAUCAUCAUCGACUCCUAUGCCACGAGCGAUGAUCCCCAUGACCUCAACGGCAAACGGCCAUGAUAUUGAUGAGGAGGAGGAAGAGGAAGAGGAAGAAGAGAAGCCACUUGCCACCGUUGUCACUCUUCCCACCCAGCAGAAGGUUCCCCCUCCGAAUAACAACAAAGCCGCUGCGCGACCGAAAAUAUCUCUAACCAAGAUCGAUCAAGAAACACCCGAAAUAGAAGAACUCCUAGAUAUCUCCAAUCCAGUGCUCGUUGGCCCUACCGCCUCCACCACCAUCAUCACCACGAAACCGCGUCCACGGCCGAAACCAUUAAUAUCGAAACAGGAGAAGUCGCAACCAUCCGAAAUCAUCUCGUUAGGAACUCUCAAUGCACCAGCUCCGAAACAAAACGGCCCGCUGUCGUUACCAACUUCGAGCGCGUCAUCCACAUCGAAACCAUCUACCCCUGUUCCUCCGUUCACAUCAACCCCCACUCAGUUCAGCUUCCCUCAGUAUAGUACGCAACAGGAUGAUGAAGAGGAAGAGGAAGAAGAGGAAGAAGAUAUGGAAGAAGCUGCUGUACUGCAGCAGCAGCCGCAGCAACAGCAUCGACAGCCACCUCCUCAUCUUGCAUCUUUAUACGUGCAUGAUUCUGCGAGUGACUCGGAUAGCGACAAGCCCGAAGAAGAGUUCGAUUUCCUUGCGGAUGCAUUUGGGCAAGAUGACCCUGCACCUUCUGCCUCAGCCCAACCGGGUUCAGGCCCUGGUAGGAGAAUCAUGAGUCUAAAUCGUCUUGCUGGAGGGCAAGAAGAGGAAGAGAGCUCUAGUGAUGAAUCAGACUGAGUUCUUUCCGAGUAUCCCUUCCUUCCUCACUAUUGACAUCUGACCCCCAUUGGAUUUUCGCGAUGUGCAGGCCAACAUCGUACAUCCGCCUCGCUCAAAAUCGCACAGAAUAAUAUUACGCAUCCUUCUACAUGCCAAAUCGAGUGCUUC